AUGAUAAAAUCACUUAAGUGUGUCAAAUGUUUGCAAGAAACAAAAGAAAGUGCAUCUUAUAAAGCAAAAUGUGGACAUCUAUAUUGCAACAAAUGUAUUGACUAGAUUACUGCUGAAGGAGGUUCAAACUGUUCAGAAAAACAAUGCUCUUAUUUUCUAAACAUAUCAGAUCUUAUGAACAGGCAAUUCCAAAAAAUAUCCGGAAGCAACUAAAUGGUAUUUGGGAAAUAAAUUACAAUGUUUUAAGGAGAUGCUAAAAAAAUGGCAUCACCAUCUUAAUAAAAUAAAGCAACACCUAUAAAAUAGAAUGUUCAAAAUGGCAACACUCCAAUAAAAUAAUAAAAAAAUACUUAACCUCGAAGGUCAUUUUAAGAACGUUCCCCUGUAGCAAUUUAAACAAAGUCCAAAUCUUAGAUGCAAAAACUUACAGAUAGGGUUUUACAAUAAUAGAACAGCGCAAAGGUUAUUCAACCAAAAUAAUAACAAACUUAAUAAAGAUAAUAACAAUAAUAGUAAUAAUAAUAAUAAUAAUAACAAUAAUAAUAACAAUAAUAAUAAUAACAAAAUAGAUAAUAAUAAAAUUAAUAAAUCAUAAAAUAACAAUAGAUUCAAUAAACAGAUUAAAUAUAACCAUAAAAAUAAGAAAUCAAAGUCAAUAUUGAAGAUAGAAUGAUUGAAUCUAUCUAGUAUAAAUGUGAUUAUUGCAAUUCCAAUACUUCCGGAUUAUUUCAUAAUGAAAUAUGCGAUCAUAGAUUAUGUUAUGAUUGCAUCUAAAAAUAUUAUGAGGAAUUCUGUGUCUGUUUUGUAAAGGAUUGCGGUUGGUAGAUCAACUAGGAAUAAUUAAAUUAGUUUAUGCUCACUUAUGUUACAUUUCAAUUAAAUGAGGUUGAAGAAAUUAAACUAAAAAGACAGCAGUCCUCAUCAGAUCAAUAAGACAUUCUUAUAAGCAAAUUUCAAUUUGAAGAAGUUACUUUAUAACAUAUGUAAAUCUCUAAUAUGAAUGAAUUCAUUAAGACAUUUGAUGAACUCAAAAUUAAAGAAAAAAACUACGUAGAUCUUAGAUUUGGUCCAAAUGAAAAAAGUGUUGGUUCAAAUUACACUGCCACUUGGUAGAGAUUGAAUGUUAUUUUUAAUGGAGAUUUUCAAUUUUUUGCGAAAUCAAGUGAUAAUAAAAGGUUUGGACUAGGAAAGUACAUUGGUCCCCAAGAUAUAAUACAAGGAUAAUUAGGGAAUUGCUAUUUGUUGGCUUCAAUUUCUGCUCUGGGAAAUAGAAGACCUGAUUUAUUAUUAGAUGUCUUUAUUACGAGAGCAAUAAACGAACAAGGAAUAUAUUGUAUAAGAUUGUGCAUAGAUGGAAUAUGGAAAGCCAUAUAUGUAGAUGAUUAUUUCCCAGUCUAUCCUAAUCUAAGUCCCAUUUUUACUAAAGCUAAAAAUAAUGCAAUAUGGGUCAUGGUAUUGGAGAAAGCAUGGGCCAAAUUAUUUGGAUCCUAUUAAAAUAGUGCAUCAGGUUCUAUGUAAGAAGUGCUAAGAGCUUUGACUGGAGCACCUACAGAAGUAAUCUGGACUCAAUCUCCAGACUUUAUUGCCUAGCUUCGAAAAUGCCUUGCCAAUAGAGUUAUAAUGGUUGCAGCAACCUAGAGUAGUGAAGUUUAACCAAUUACAUAAGGAUUAGUUCCAAAUCAUGCCUAUUCAGUUCUAAAAAUCAAAUAAAUAAAUCACCCAAAAAGAGGAUAAGUGGAACUACUGAAAUUAAGAAACCCUUGGGGAAAAAAGGAGUGGACAGGUGAUUGGGGAUAAGAAAGUCCAUUAUGGACUCCGUAAUUAAGAUAGGAGUUAAAGUUAGAUUCUGAAGAUUCUGGUGUAUUUUAUAUGGAUAUUGGAUCAUUUAUGCAAUAAUUCAGAGAUAUCCAUAUUUGCCAUGUCUAAUAAAAUUACUAAUAUUCUGCAACACAAAGCAAAUCCAAUAAAAAAAAGGCUGUUUACUAUUCUUUUAAAAUUACUAAAGAUGGGGAUUAUUACUUUACUAUAAAUUAACGAAAUCAAAGAUGGGCAGGGAAUCCUAAAUAUAGCAAUGCCAAGCUAUUAAUUUGUAAGAAAGAAGAAAAUAAUUAAUACACAUAUAUCGCUGGUAAACUUAGUUAAUUUGGUGAAGUUUGGUGUAAAUGCACCUUAACAAAGGGGGAAUACGUUGUUUUUGCUAAAGUAAUUUGGGAACAUCACCAAGAGUUCUUCUUUGUUCUCUCUUCAUAUGGAAUGGAAAAACUAGAAUUCAAACAAAUAAGAAAGAUUCCUGAUAUGCUUCCCAGUGUUUUCAUAAAGAAAGGGUUUGUUUAACAACCUAAACGAAGCUACGACACAAUGGGAUAACCCAAGAUUCAAAGUUGCUAUAAUCUAGAUAGACUGGAUGGUUGGGGCUAUUAUUUCAUUGACAACUAAUCAAGUGUUAAAUUAAUAAGCAAAAUAUCAUUCCAUAAAUUCUAUGGGUUGCGAUUUUGUAAACCUCAUAGAGGAGUCACUUUAAAUAUUGAACUGCCCCCUGGUAAAUAGUUUAUUGCUGUAAUCAAAGUGUUAUCAGGAUAUGAAAUCGAAUUUACUCAAAAGGUUCAAUUUCAACAAUGA